GAAUUGGAGUCCGGGAAAAGGUUUAAUCACGACAAGGAAAUAGGCAUCAUCACAAACCAUGCUAUUUCAGCAUGAAUAACGACGCAGAGCAAAUGACAACCGAGGGGACGCCAAAGGAGACGCCUGGCGUAGCCCAAGAGGUACCCAAGAUAGAAUUGGUGGUGGAAUUUUCUGGAGGACUUGAGAUGCUCUUCUCGGAUCAGCGCCGUCAUUCGCUGUCCAUGCCCGCCACAGACCAGGAUGGCAAGCCAGUAACGAUCGCUUCCCUCAUCGACCAUCUAUGUCGCCAUACGAUGAGGGACCAGCGCACGGAAUUGUUCGUCCUCGACGGCCACCUCCGGCCGGGCAUCCUUGUUUUAAUCAACGACGCAGACUGGGAACUGGAGGGAGAAGAGGCGUACGAGGUUCAGAGUGGUGACAACAUCCUAUUCGUAUCCACGCUACAUGGUGGCUAGUGGGUAUAUAGUUGUCCCUCAAUUGGCACGUCUGGACCAUUCAUCACGGCUGAGUCUGGCGUCUUGGAUGAUGAGGAAGGGAGGAGGCCAGGUCGAUGAUCGAGCCGAGCCUAGACCGGCGGAUGGCAUCUCAGUUUAGCCAGCCCCCGACAUCUCAAUCUUGAUGUGUAUCUGAAACAUUGUCAAUUAUGUUUCAC